AAUGUCUAUCUCGCUCGCUCUUCGGUAAACGGAAAAUCUUAGUUACACGGGAAACCAUACGAAAGAAAAUUGUUUUUCCGACUUUUCACCGGUAGGGCUUCCAUACUUCAUUCGAUUCUCCGUUUUUCUUAACACAAUUAGAAGCAAUUCAAUUUUUUUCGUAGUCCAGUGUAUUACAGUGAUGUGACCUUAGUUAAUUUUCACCUGUAUUUCGGUGUUUCUAGUGGGUGUUUAAAAAAAAGGGACGUAGUGUCGUGUUUGUACAGUGAUUGUGAUCGUGUACUCAUUCAGGAAUGACCAUCUAUUUGUUUGGCCGUAAAGGUGACGGUCCCAACCUUGAAAUGGAUAGAAACAUUAUUUUGCCUAUGGCGCGGUGUUGCAGAGUACCUUUGAGGUAACACUACCUGGACGUUGUUGCUCCAUCGUCCCCAUAUCCGGACAUCGCGUUACUACAUUUCUUCGACAUGUCUUGGAUACUUUUCUUCCUGGUUGGACUUUCUUUAAUUCUUCAGGCCCCUGCCUCUGGGGUGUUCGAGUUGAAGCUGCUCUCCUUCGACAACGAAGCUGGAAAAGACGACCAGGGCAGAUGCUGUUCUGGAAGACCGUCCGGCCAAGAAUGCGAUGGCGAUUGCAGACCACGAUUUCGCAUCUGCCUCAAAGAAUACCAAGUUAAAAUCGAUGCCAACUCCCCUUGCACAUUUGGAGACGUCAUUACAUCCGAACUAGGUCCUGGAUCAGCUGACGAUCCCCAGAGUGGUUUUGUCAACCCCAUAGCCUUUCGAUUUCCAUUCACAUGGCCGGGUACCUUUUCCUUAAUUGUUGAAGCAUGGCAUGGUAACGAAUCGGCACAUUCGGCAGUGUUGGUCAGCAGACUGAUGCGUCAACGGUGGCUAGAUGUGAGUGACCAAUGGACUGAAGAUUCACAUAGUUCAAAAUAUUCAACACUAAGAUUCGAGUACAGAGUUACAUGCGAGCCUCACUAUUAUGGAAAAGGCUGUGUAAAUCUGUGCAGGCCUCGUGACGAUGCUUUUGGACACUACAGCUGUUCGCCCUCCGGAAAAAGGGUCUGUCUUGCCGGAUGGACAGGCGAUUACUGCACAAAAGCUCAAUGCCUACCAGGAUGCGAUGAGCAACAUGGUCAUUGUACACUGCCGAACGAAUGCAAGUGCCAGUCGGGCUGGGAGGGUCCUCUCUGCGACCAGUGCCAGCGCUACCCCGGCUGCAUGCACGGCUCCUGCGUCAAGCCCUGGGACUGCCUGUGCGACGAAGGCUGGGGAGGCCUGUUCUGCAACCAGGACUUGAACUUCUGCACCAAUCACCGGCCCUGCAGGAACGGCGGCACGUGCUUCAACACCGGCCCGGGCAGCUAUACUUGCAACUGCCCUCCAGGCUUCAACGGUACUGAUUGCGAAAUCACCACUGAUGAUUGUACCAGAGCUCCGUGCCUUAACGGUGGGACUUGCCGCUUUGAGGACAAUGCCGUACCAGUAUGCCAGUGUCCUCAAGGAUUUGGAGGUGCUCGAUGUCAAUCUCCUAUAUCCCCUCCACCUCCACCUGGCUGUUCUGGAGCUCCCUGCCAUAACGGAGCUACUUGCAUAGAUACACUUGGAGGAUUCACAUGUUCUUGUCCAUCAGGCUUUACCGGAGCUACUUGUGAACGAAUGUUGGGACCUUGCGAUUCCAACCCUUGCGAAAAUGGAGGUGUGUGUUCCGAAGCGGCCGGAGCACCUCGAGGAUUCCGUUGCGCCUGUCCUGCCGGUUUCACCGGUGACAGGUGUCAGGUUGACAUAGACGAUUGCGCCGGCGGCAAUCCUUGCCAAAACGGAGGAACGUGUAUAGACAAAGUGAACGAAUUCCGAUGUCAGUGCGUGCCUGGAUUCGCGGAGCGGCUGUGCCAAAAACGAGUGGACUAUUGCGUAGCCAAACCAUGUGCCAACGGAGGAACUUGCCAACAGCUGGUCAACGACUACAAAUGCCAGUGUCCGCCGGGUUUCGGCGGAAAAGAUUGUAGCGAAGAAGUAAACGAAUGUCUCUCCAAUCCUUGUCGGAACGGUGGGACUUGCAUAGGUAGGUCACGAGGUUUUAGUUGUAUUUGCCUACCAGGUUUUCUGGGAAAGAACUGCAGCGAGGCACACGCAGGUGCUGCAUCCAGCGCCCGCAUAUCUACCGAGUCAACACUGACAGCUGAGCACGUGAUCGUGAUCGCUACCAUUUCAACUUUCGUCCCUCUGCUAGCACUAGUAGCCGUUGUGGUUAUAGUGUGCUUGAAACAGCGACGGAAAAGAGAAAAAGCGCGGGCUGACGAAGAAGCUCGCCUGCAGAAUGAACAAAACACGGCGAAUAGUAGUUUCGCCAAGCGUGGCGCCACGAUGGCCGCAGAGGCGCGGAUGAUCAAAAACUCUUGGGGCAAGUGUACCAACAACGCCCUAGACGAGGCGUCUGGUGGAGGAGACUUGGAGGCCUUCCCCAAACAGCAGCAAGUGAUCGACGGGCGGCCGGUGUACGGCCUGCAGCGCAGCCGUUCCCAGAAGCAGCUGAACACGGAGCCUUGUUCGGCGGCGGCUUCCGUGGCCGUGGCAGCAGCCAGGGCGUCCGCCCUGCUCGCUGCCAAGCUGCACGAGCCCGAGUACGAGCCCGUGAAGCGUUUGUCUGUGAUGUCGUCGCAGGGCGAACCCCCGUCCAAGGACGCCCCCGUGUUUGUAGUGGAAGAACACUUCCGAGUGCCCGUGCCCGGCGGUCUUUUCGCCACCGAGGUGUGAUAGGUGGUGCCAAGACGCCGCCCCAAAGACUGCUGUGUUCCGCUCCCGAGUACCCGCUAGUCUAAUCCUGCACAAACUGUUCCAGUCAUAUUUUUAAUUCUCUCUCGUUUUUUUUAAAUCGAAAUUCCUGUGGUACUCGGUCGGUAGUUCCGGCUUCGGCUGUUGUGGGGCGUCGCGCUGGGAUGUCCGGGUGCUUCCAUCGCCUCCGUCGGCCGAUCCAGCUACCAUGUCCAUAGUGUAAAUACUAGAGUAGCGUUUUGUAAAGUUGUUUUAAGCCGCUGGAUCGGUCGGAAACCAAAGAUUGGGCGCUGGUGAAUCGCCUGCAUCCUGCGUGGCGUUCCUCUGGUAAAAUCUCUCGAUUAUACCAUUGUGAUGCAUUUAAGUGAGCUAAGUCACCCGAGGGGUUAGUUACUAGUAAUUUUGCGGAGUGAUCCUCUUAACCCAUAUCAUAUAUAACGUUCUCUCUUUUUUUAUCGACGAUAAAAUAUCUAUACCAAUCACUAAUAUGAACCCACCCAAAAAACAAAUACUUUGGGCGAAUAAAUUCCGAUAAGGGAUUUACAACAUUUGCUAUAAAAAGCUUCACAACUUUUUAAGAAUUUUAUUUCUUUAUUUCAAUACUUCAAUAUUACUAUUUUUUAAUUAAAAAAUGUACCUAUAGGUUUAUCCCCACUGCCUUGUAAGUAUUGUCUCUCCCUGUUUUGAGUUAAUCCUAUUUGAUUUCUUCUAGUAGUUCAUUCAAGAAUAUUAAAAGUUUAAUUUUGAGUAAUCUUAUUUUUAUCUAACUUAUUUAUUUAUAUUUUUAAAAUCACAGAUAUUAAAAUAAACUUUAUAUACCUUCAUAUACCUAUAUUAAGAUAUAUAAAAUGAAAUAUCUAGAUUUUCUUUAAUAAUGAAGUUAGGAUUGAAAAGCGUUAAAGGGAUCACUCUUAGGUAUUAUUAAAUUUUUAGUUAUAAAUUAUUUUUCGGACCGUAUUUUAAUAUGUUUAUUUAUAAGCACGCUUAAUUUAUAACUUAAAUUAUUUUUUCUGACUGAUUUUUUCCUAAUAGUUCCGAUCGAAAUUGGUUAAUUAAAAUUGUUUUGUAUUUAUACAUCGUUGUCUCUCUGCCAAUUUACUAAAACUAAGCGGCCAAAAAUGCGUCCAAGUGCAUAAAUACAAGGCAAAGCUAGUUUCGAUCCUUAUUGCUUGUCGUUAAUGAUUUAAACGCCUGUUUGUUGAAUCCAACAAAUGUUUCUUCACAUUUUCCGCUUAGCGUGACUGAAAUUUGACAUUAGAUUUUUUUCUUUGAUGACUUUGAAAUCUAGGGGACCAAUAGACUUGAGGCGAGCCGAUGACGUGAAGAAACGUUUUUUAGUUUUAACGACAACCAAUAACGUAUUCGUUUGUAGUUUUGUAGUAAAGAAUUGAAAAGGACAUACGUUUAAAGUAGGGUGUCCGUUAAUAGUGAACCUUAUCUCCCCCUUGUAAUUUUGUGACUACCCCUCCUAACCCCAGUACUUAAAAAGGGAAGAUCGACUCCGCUGUUCGAUUAGGUCUGGCAUUCGCGUAUUUAUUCUCUCUUGGCCAGUGGACUCUUAUUUUUGCAUAGACCUAGUAGACCAGCCCGUAUCUGAUCCGAUAAUAAUCCUCGAUUUUCGUCCAACAUAUAGACUUUAUUUAAAUCGAACAAAGAAACUAUGUUCCUGUAUUCGUUAACUAAGUCAUUUUUCUGUGGCGUACGAACUAUUGCCUCACAUUAGUGUUUUUUGUAACUCUGAAUUACAGGGUGUGCGCUCAUGACUGAUAUCUCACCUGCUUUUAAUUGUAAGCUUUGAUUAGUUCAUUUUUUUUCUCGCUAAAUUAGAUUCGAUUUUAAUUUAUCCUAUUUAGCUUGUAAUUAUUAGCAGCUUCUUUCAAAUGCCACACGCUGUAUAUUCGAUGUAUUACUUAAUAUUUGGGCAAGUUAAAAGACUUAUAGUAAAGACGUUUUUUUUUGUAAUAUAUCCUUGUGUAUAUUUAUGUUACAAUUCGUAUCUAAGAGUUGUUCUGUUUCUGAAAUACUUCUAGAGAAGCGGCUGUAUUUGUUCCUCAUGUGAAUAAUGUUAUUUAAAAGUUAUC